AUGUCUAGUCCCAGAAAAAGACAAGCUGACGACGAUGAUGCCUCGGACGCUCUGACGCCCUCCUUGGCAUCCUCUCCUCAAUUGCCCCUUCACGAGGAGGAGGAGAUCCACAAUGAUGUGACCGACUUGAAUCCUUCUGACGAGGAAGAAGGCGAGGACUUGAUGGAAAACAUGCAGAACGAUUAUCGUCAGAACGCCGGCCAGGACCACUACAAUUUGGGCGACGGCAACAUCGAUGACGAGGAAUACGAGGAGUUGGACGCUGCCGAGAGACGUAGAAUUGAUGAGCAGUUGGAUCGCCGUGAUGAACUCUUGGGCAUGUCCAAGGACACGCGUGCAAGAAGUCAGGCUUUCCUUGAUGAUGACGACGACGAGGAUGUUGACGUUAACGAAUACGGUCUCCCAAUCCAGCGCAGAAGACGCAGAGGUCAGUACGACGACCAGGACGACUUGAUCAACGAAGAGGAAGUUGACCCGUUCCAGGAAGAAUUGUCGCUCGAGUCCUUGGCCGAUGUCAAGGCUCCUUCCAUCACUGAGUGGAUUUUGCAGCCUAACACGCUGCGUUCGAUCGCUAGAGAGUUGAAGUCCUUCCUUUUGGAAUACACUGACGAGAGAGGCCGUUCCGUGUACGGUGCCCGUAUUCGUACUUUGGGUGAAAUCAAUGCUGAAUCGUUAGAUGUGUCAUACAAUCACUUGGCCGAUUCCAAGGCUAUCUUGGCUUUGUUUUUGGCGACUUCCCCAACGGAGAUGCUCAAGAUCUUUGAUAUCGUUGCCAUGGAGGCUACCGAGUUGCACUACCCUAACUACUCCCAAAUUCACCUGGAGAUCCAUGUUCGUAUCUCCAACUUCCCCAACGCCUUGUCGUUGAGAGACCUUAGGGAAAAGAACUUGAACCAGCUCGUGAAGAUCAACGGUGUUGUGACCAGAAGAACAGGUGUCUUCCCCCAGCUCAAAUACGUCAAGUUUGACUGUCUUAAAUGUGGUGCGGUGCUUGGUCCAUUUAUCCAAGAUUCCAACUCAGAGGUCAAGAUCAACUUCUGUACCAACUGUCAAGCCAAGGGCCCUUUCAAGAUGAACUCCGAAAGAACUCUCUACAGAAAUUACCAGCGUAUCACUUUACAAGAAUCACCCGGUACCGUUCCUGCUGGACGUUUGCCUCGUCACAGAGAGGUUAUUUUGCUCUCGGACUUGGUAGAUGUCGCAAAACCAGGUGAGGAAGUCGAGGUUGUUGGUGUCUACAAAAACAACUAUGAUGGUGGACUUAAUGCCAAGAAUGGUUUCCCAGUUUUUGCAACUGUCGUUGAAGCCAACUCCAUCAAAAGAAAGGAAACUUCGUCCAUGUUCACAAGCGACACUGGUGUCUCUUCGUGGGUCGAGGAGGACGAAAGAGAGUUCCGCAGACUUUCUAGAGAGAGGGGCAUUAUUGACAAGAUCAUUAGCUCCAUGGCUCCUUCUAUCUACGGCCAUCGUGAUAUUAAAACUGCCAUUGCCUGCUCCUUGUUCGGAGGUGUCGCCAAAAACGUGGAUGGAAAGCAUUCUAUUCGUGGUGAUAUCAACGUCCUUUUACUUGGUGACCCCGGUACUGCUAAGUCUCAGAUUUUGAAGUAUGCUGAGAAGACUGCAAACAGAGCUGUCUUUGCAACUGGUCAAGGUGCUUCUGCUGUCGGUUUGACAGCCUCUGUGAGAAAAGAUCCGAUCACUAGAGAAUGGACGUUGGAGGGUGGUGCCCUUGUGCUUGCAGACAAAGGUACUUGUCUUAUUGAUGAGUUCGACAAGAUGAAUGAUCAGGAUCGUACAUCCAUUCACGAAGCCAUGGAACAGCAGUCCAUCUCCGUCUCUAAAGCCGGUAUUGUUACCUCUUUACAGGCGCGUUGUGCCAUCAUUGCAGCUGCUAACCCCACUGGUGGUAGAUACAACUCCACCCUUCCUCUCGCUCAGAAUGUUAACUUGACCGAGCCUAUCUUGUCCAGAUUCGAUAUUUUGUGCGUCGUGAGAGACUUGGUAAACCCAGAGCUGGAUGAGAGACUUGCUUCUUUCGUGGUUGACUCUCACAUUCGUUCGCAUCCAUCUAACGAGGAGUUGAAUGAUGACGAAAACGACGAUGCAAUGGACGAGGGUAAGAGCCGUCGUGACAAGAUCACUCAGAACAAUGAGCAAAGAGAAAGUGAAAUUUCGCCUAUUCCACAAGAAACAUUGGCCAAGUAUAUCAGCUACGCUAGAGCCAAGGUGUCUCCUAAAUUGCACCAAAUGGACAUGGACAAGGUUGCCUUGGUUUAUGCCGACUUGAGAAGAGAGUCCAUCUCCACCGGCUCGUUCCCUAUCACUGUCCGUCACUUGGAGAGUAUCAUCAGAAUUGCGGAGGCAUUUGCUAGAAUGAGACUCAGUGACUUUGUCAGUCAAGGUGACUUGAACAGAGCCAUCAAGGUGAGUAUAGACAGUUUCGUGGGAGCACAGAAGAUCACAGUGAAGAGACAGCUCCAGAAGUCGUUCAUGAAAACCAUAGAAGACAUCAAGCAGUGCAAGCACGUGCCUGAACGUGAUGUGGAAGAGAUUUGCCUGAAGGUGAUCGAGGUGCUUGUGGAAGAAGCCAAUAUUCAACAGAUAUACACGCCAGUAACGAUAUGCGGCGACAUACACGGUCAGUUUCAGGAUCUACUCAAUCUUUUUGAAACAGGAGGCGAGUGCCCACAAACUCAGUAUUUAUUUCUCGGAGAUUUCGUCGAUCGAGGCUUCUAUUCCAUAGAGAGCCUUUUGCUCCUUCUAGCACUUAAAAUAAGGUACCCCGACCGACUAACCUUAAUCAGAGGCAAUCAUGAGUCAAGACAAAUUACCACCGUUUACGGAUUUUACGACGAGUGUCUUCGAAAGUACGGCAGUGUCAAUGUCUGGCGCUACUGCUGCGAGGUGUUUGACUACUUUUCACUUGGUGCGAUAGUAGGGGGUCAGGGAGGCGUUUUCUGUGUUCACGGGGGCCUUAGUCCCGAAAUCAGCGAUGUAGACGAGAUAAGGCGGCUCGACAGAAAACAAGAGGUGCCACACGAGGGCGCCAUGUGCGAUUUACUAUGGUCCGAUCCAGAAGACGUGCCCAAGUGGGCGGUUCUGCCUCGAGGCGCCGGAUACCUUUUUGGCGAGAACGAGGUGAACAAAUUUUGCCAUAAGAACGAUAUUCUGCUUAUUGCGCGGGCGCAUCAGCUAGUGAUGGAGGGUUACAAGGAGAUGUUUCUGGGGAGCUUAGUCACGGUAUGGCUGGCGCCUAAUUACUGUUACCGGUGCGGGAACAUCGCCAGCAUCUUGAGCAUCAACGAUAAUCUAGAGCGAGAGUACAAGGUGUUUGAUGCAGUAAACAAGGACACCAAUAUGAUGCCGCUGAAGAAGCCCGUGGUUGACUAUUUUAUUUAG